CCCGGAAUCUCUUUCCUUGGUCGCAUAGUCCUAUCGGCAGGCUCUAUAUAUUUAGGCACCGUCUGCUUGGCGCGAUUCGCGACAAAGUUUGGUAUAUCCUUGCCACCAUGGAUUUUACUACUGGGUGCGACCAGUAGUUUACCUAUCGGGUUUGCAUUGCGCAUCCUGUAUUUCCGUAUCAUUCACCGCCGACAAGCUGCAAGGAUGGGUGCCCGCCUGGCGCCCCCUAUCAGGGGCAAACAAUUCGGUAACCUCGACGUCAUGCUCAAACUGGUUGAACGAUUUGAUAAUGGCUAUCCUGGUGAUGGACUGGCAGAGACCAUCACAGAGUUAGGAACGUGCUUUAACCUCAAUGUCAUGUUCGACACCGUCCUAUUUACCGUGGAACCUAGUCACAUCAAGACUAUCUUAACCUCCGAAUUUGAAAACUAUGUCAAAGGAGAUAAGUUUAGGCAUACGAUGUCAAGUGUCCUCGGGACGGGUGUUUUUAAUUCUGACGGCGAAAUGUGGAAAUUCCAUCGUUCUAUGACAAGGCCCUUCUUCAGCCAUGACCGAAUAGGUCACUUCAAUAUCUUUGAUCGUCAUGCAGAAGAUGCUAUCUCGCAGAUGAAGGCUCGUUUCCGCUCUGGAUAUCCCGUCGACUUCCAGGACCUGAUAUCGCGUUUCACGCUCGACUCCGCCACGGAAUUUUUGUUUGGCAAUUGCGUGCACAGUCUUUCCGCAGGACUACCUUACCCCCAUAACGUCGCGACGAAGGAAGCCCUUACUGGGAAGGCAAAGAUAGCUGAAAACUUUGCUCAGGCGUUCGCAGAUGCACAGACAAUUAUCGCCCAGCGUCCCCGCAAAAGUUGGGUCUGGCCCUUGUUCGAGAUCUUCGAGGAUAAAACCACCGAACCUAUGCGAAUCGUGAACUCGUUCAUUGAUCCGAUCUUGAAAGAGGCUAUUGCCAAGAAGCAAGCGCAUGUCAAUGACGAAAAGGAUGUUGAUAACGAAGAUACGACAUUACUGGACCAUCUUGUCCAGAUGACAACAGAUCCCGUGGUACUGAGAGAUGAAAUCUUGAACAUCCUAAUCGCCGGAAGGGACACGACUGCUGGGACGCUGACUGUUGCCAUGUAUCUACUUUCCACGCACCCGCAUGUGAUGACCCGCUUGAGAGAGGAGGUUAUGACACAAGUUGGACCUACCGACAGGCCGACUUACGAUCAGAUUCGUAGUAUGAAGUACCUUCGCGCUGUUCUUAACGGUAUACUCGAUUAUUGUAGCUUACCUUUCAAUGUUCGCGCAAGUGUCAAUGCAUCCACUCUACCUGCAACCAACCACAUGGAUAAACCAAUAUACGUCCCUCCAAAGACAAGUAUCACCUACUCCGUUUUUCUAAUGCAUCGCAGAAAAGAUCUUUGGGGUCCUGAUGCCGAUGAGUUCGAUCCCGACCGCUUCCUCGAUGAACGGUUACAUAAGUAUCUUACACCUAAACCUUUUAUCUUCCUCCCCUUCAACGCCGGCCCCCGCAUCUGCCUUGGGCAACAGUUCGCUUACAACGAGAUGUCAUUCAUGCUCAUCCGCCUCCUCCAAUCCUUCUCUUCUAUCACUCUCCACUCAGAAGCACAACCUCCACACACUCUUCCGCCUGCUGACUGGGCUCAAGCAGAGGGUCGCAAAUCACGCGAAAAGUUCUGGCCGAAAGUACAUUUGACGAUUUAUGCCCAUGGUGGUCUAUGGGUCCGCAUGGCUGAAGCUGAGAACGCUAAUUGAAUGAUAUAAUGGCAUGUCGGAGAAGUGUAUGUACUAUCAGCACCGUAAUCGUGAAACUGUCUCGAAAAUAAUGUGUACUAUGAUAAAUUCACUGUCUGAGACUGUAGUCCUCUCGAAUGCUGUCCUUUCCUUUCAAUAGUGUGACCUGCGACGAUUCGCAGAAUCUUCGUUGCAUCAGUGCUACCAUGGAUAUGUGGUAUCGUAAUGUAAUGUAAAUAUCGUUGUGUAAAUAGCAUCUGACGAGUCCCGCUUCUCCCACCUAAAAGAAAGACUCCACUCCACUCCAAUGUCAUUCAACUCCACGUGCUAGUGUCUACGCCCCGUUCAUCUUCCACCACCCCCUUUACCUGACGAUGUUGCGCAUAUUAAUAGAUGUGUCUCCGUAGUGUGUGGCACGGCGGUCCCAGCGCCCAUGCAUCGGAUCGUGGAAUGCCUUAUUGGCAAUUGCGAACAGUAAUGACAUCACAAGGAGGGCCAAGACGAGG